AGGAGAAGAAAUUCAAUUCAAUUCGUAGCGGCGAGAAAAAAUGGCGGCGACACCGCGGAUGGAGCUGGAGAAGAUGAGCGUGGAGCAUCUGAGGGGAUUGAAGGAGCAGGUCGAUAUGGAGGUGAAUCUACUCCAGGACAGUCUGAACAACCUCCGCUCCGCCAAUUCCCGCCUCGAGAUCGCCUCCGCCGCCCUCCACGACCUCUCCGUCCGCCCCCGAGGGAAGAAGAUGCUGGUGCCGUUGACGGCGUCGCUUUACGUGCCGGGGAAGCUGGAUGAUGCGGAGAAGGUUUUGGUGGACGUCGGCACCGGUUACUUCAUUGAGAAAACUAUGGUAGAAGGCAAAGAUUAUUGCGAGCGAAAAAUUGCUUUGCUGAAGUCGAAUUAUGACCAACUUCUUGAGGUGACUGCCAAAAAGAGGAGUAUAGCAGAUGAAGCAGGAGCAAUUUUACAAGCAAAGUUGAAGCAGUUGGCCCCCUCACAGUAAUUGUGUUUUAAUUUUAACAUCUUAGUACUUGCUAUAUUUGCAUUUGUAUUGGCACGAAGAGGAUUUUAUAAAUGAAUAUUGUUGUUUUGUAAUCGAAGUCGUUUGUUGUGCCCUUGAUAUAUGAGAUCUUCUCGAGUUUCUCU